AUGGCGAGGAAACGGAUUGUAGCCCUAACAUGGUUGAAGAAUUCUUUCCUGCCCUUUGCUCUGUAUAUUCUACUGCAUAAAUGCCAAUCAACGACAACUGACAUGGGAGACAGCCUUCCAGUAGGGACAUCCCUCGUCGGAAAUCAGGCUUUAGUCUCGAAGAAUGGCACCUUUGCAUUGGGAUUUUUCAGUCCCCAAAACACCAAUAACUGGUAUAUUGGCAUUUGGUAUGCCAAAGUGUCGGAGAAAACAUUUGUAUGGGUAGCUAACCGUGAAAAUCCUGUGAGAAACAUUCCCGGCGUUUUAAAUUUAUCAAGAGAUGGUUAUCUUCGACUGUUUGAUUUACGUGGACGAUUAAUUUGGUCGUCCGACAACAGCUUGAGGGCGUCCCGGGCAUCUUUGUUGGAAUCAGGUAAUUUGGUUAUGCUAAGAACACGGGCCGGGAAAGUUUGGGAAUGUUUCCAACAUCCGGUGGAUACAUGGCUGCCAGGGAUGAAGAUGCGGAAAGGAAUGAAAUUCACUUCUUGGAAGAGCUCUUCUGAUCCGGCACCUGGGCCUUUCUAUUUACAAAUGGAUCCUUCACCAGCAAGCACUCAGUUUUUGGUGUUCUCUCACAACAGUGGUCCGUACUGGUCUAGCGGAGAGUGGAACGGAAAAUAUUUCGCAAAUAUGCCAGGAUUUGCCUCGGCAGGCUCCCAUGUUAAAAUAGUGUGUGUAACGCUUCCUCCUUCAAGAAUGUACUGCACAUAUACAACCAAGGGUAUGAUAAUGGAACGCUUAAGUUUGAAAAAGAAUGGUGAACUUUGGGUGUACUAUAUGAUACAAAAUGGUGGGUGGAUGCUGGAUGCGUUUGGACCCAGGGAUCAAUGCAUUGUUUAUGGUGUGUGUGGGGCUAACGCAGCAUGCAUUGACUAUAGACAGCUGAAUGCUCAUGUCACAGGCAAUGCCAAUGACACGUGUACAUGUCUACAGGGGUUCAGCCCCCAAAACAGCCAUGCCUGUCCAUUGCAGUGCUCGCUCACAAAUUCUAACGACGGUUUUUUGGAAGUGAAGGACAAGCUUUUGGCCGACGAUGAAGCGGCUGCAUAUAGCAAGGAGCAAACUCUGAGUGGAUGCCAACUUGCCUGCCUCAACAACUGCUCAUGCAUGGCCUUUUGGCUCAGUAGCUCAUCUCUUCCUGUGUGUCGAUUGUGGUUUGGGGAUUUGAUGAACGUGCGCGAUUCCCCCGGCGGCCAGCCAUUCUAUCUCCGUUUGGCAGCUUCUGAGUUACAAGGUUCGACAUCUAAGCCAAGAAAUAAAUCCUUUGGCCUUCACAUUUUGCUUCCUGUGGGUGCUGCGGGUUUUGUUCUUGUUCUUGUUUUGGCCGUGCAUAAGCUGGGAAGAGGAUCAUUAGGCUCGGUGUUCAAAGGUACUCUAGCAGACAAAACUUUCAUCGUUGUCAAAAAGUUAGAGGGUUUAGCAGGAACAGAAAAGCAAUUUCGUGCAGAAAUUAGUACCAUUGGUGAAAUACAACAUGUGAAUCUGGUCAGGCUGUUCGGAUUUUGUGCGGAGGAAUCUCGAAGGCCACUCGUUUAUGAGUACAUGCCCAACGGCUCUCUUGACUCCUUUCUGCUCCGUGGGAAAGAGGGAGAAGUGCAAGGGAAGAUAUUAAGUUGGAAAACCAGAUUUCAGAUAGCGUUGGGCACUGCGCGAGGACUAGCUUAUCUUCACGAUGAAUGCAGAGAUCGCAUCAUUCACUGUGAUAUUAAGCCAGAAAACAUUCUCCUUGAUGCCGAUUUUUGUCCCAAAGUAGCUGAUUUUGGUCUGGCAAAGUGA